CCCUCCUGGGGCGGGGAGCCCAGAGGCUGGGGGAGGGGGUGGACUUUUGGCCUGUUUCUUUUAUUCCCUCCAUCUCUUCGUCAACAGCUGCCCAGUGCUCUAGGCUCAUUCCUCUGCCCGGACCUUCCGGGAAGCAGAGACCCAGAGAGAGGGCUGACGACAGAAACCGGGAGACAGACCUGGGGUCCACACAGCAGCUGGCCCCCCUUCCUCUCUCCCCAGCCUGCCUUAACACCCCAACUUAGCCAAAACCCCUCAAGUUCUUGCGGGGCUCAGCCCCUCCCCUUCUCUGGGGCCCCCGGCGCCCCUCGGGGCCCUGCAUCCCACCAUGUCAGUGGCCGUGGAGACCUUCGGCUUCUUUAUGGCAGCGCUGGGGCUGCUGAUGCUGGGGGUGACCCUGCCACACAGCUACUGGCGAGUGUCCACCGUGCACGGGAACGUCAUCACCACCAAUACCAUCUUCGAGAACCUCUGGUUUAGCUGUGCCACCGACUCCAUGGGAGUCUACAACUGCCGGGAGUUCCCGUCCUUGCUGGCCCUCUCUGGGUACAUCCAGGCCUGCCGGGCGCUCAUGAUCACCGCCAUCUUCCUGGGCUUCCUGGGCCUCUUCCUAGGCAUGGUGGGGCUGCGCUGCGUAAACAUUGGGAGCAUGGAGGUCUCCCGGAAGGCCAAGCUGGCGGCCGCUGCGGGGGCCCUCCACAUAUUGGCUGGUUUCUGCGGGAUGGUGGCCAUCUCCUGGUACGCCUUCAACAUCACCCAGGAAUUUUUCGACCCCGUGUAUGCAGGGACCAAGUACGAGCUGGGCCCUGCCCUCUACCUGGGCUGGAGCGCCUCCCUGCUCGCCAUCCUGGGCGGCUUCUGCCUCGGCUCCGGCUGCUGCCGCUCUCCCGACGCGGCCCCGGCCCCCAGGCUCCCCUACGAGGCCUCCGCGGUGCGGUCCCCCGGCCUCACUGGCCGCCUGCGCCCCGCGGCCUCGGACGAAGGCGACAGCACCUUUGGCAAGUACGGGAAGAACGCUUACGUGUAGGACGCCAGUGGACCCCAUUCCCCUCCCACUGCCCCCAGCGGAGAGCGGCCCCCCAACCCCGGGCUGCAGGCCACGUCCCGACUCCGCCCCGUGGCCGGAAGCCACACCCAGCUCUGACCGCGCCUCCGGCCCCGGCCCCGCCUCUUUCGUCUGGCCAAGAACCCGCCUCCUGAGAACUCACCUCGGACUCCUGGGGCAGGACCUUCUGGGUCUGGGCGCUGGUUGGUUAAGGGGGCAGAGGCGUCCCCGACCGUUUGUAUUCUGUAUAAAUACAUGCAUAAAUAAAUUUGUA